AGGAAUUAUGGAGAAGCAGUUCACAAUCCCCCCUCUUCGCCCUGCUACCACAAUGAAGAAAGCCCCUGAGCCUGGCCCAUUUGGUGUUCUUGACACCAUGAGAGUUGGCUUGGUGAAUCAGAGAUCAGAGAUCACCACAAAACACCCUCUUGAGCAAUCAGAACUGUUCUACGAGCUUAACCAGCACCGUAUUAAACUGGGAAUGUCUAACAGUAUUAGUGGUUCUGCUCUACCCAUGACAAUCCAAGCAGAGCGAGCUAGUGCAGCUCGGAUUGGCAGACUGCCAGGAGUAGCGUCCUCAUACCUCCACCUCGAAGUGUUCGCCGGGAUGGACGAGGACUUGGCAAUUGAGGACUUGUUCGAUGGUCCCAGCCCCUGGGAGGACAGUCCCCAACACUCCAGAUGUAAUGCCACUGCUUAGAUGUGCGGUUAAAUAACGAUAUAAACAUGAAGACUGUUGUUAUGAGAUUGUAAUGUAUUUAUGAUUUCAGGUUUGAACUUCAGGCUGGUCCUUCGACAAUUUUUUUUCUAUACAUGUGGUAAAAUUGCAUACUGUAUUUGCUUACAACCUACAAGAACGCUAAUAAAUCAUUAAAACCUUGUUCGCUGUCAUCCGAUCCGGGAAGGAUAUUUUGGUGAUUAGUCAACAAAAGUACUGACUAAUGUUCGUUAAAUACUUAGAUUAUCUGAGUUUCAAUAUAUAAUAUUACAUAGAAGUUAACUUGUUAUCA